AUGGAGCACUCCAACAACAUGAACGUGCAGGCACAGCAGAAUGCAGCCGCAAGUACCUCCGCUCCUUCGACAACUGCUUCGACUGCAGCAGCGCAGGCGCCAAAGGAGAUCACCUCCUUCUUUGGGCCCGCGCACAUCUCUUCUACGCAAGAGGCUCCUACUCCUGCUCCUGCUGAUCUCACAGCAGCACGAGCUGGAACAGCAACAGGCGUCAACAUGACAGCCUCCGCAUCGCCUCAGCAGCAGCCAGUUGCUCUCUUGCUCUCAGCAGCACGUAUGAACACCGCACCAGACGAGUCAACACACACCAGCCAAGCAUCUCAGCUUGUGGUGGACGUGGUGGACCAGGAACCCAGCACUUCCGUCGGCAGGAAGAACGAUCCAAUCGCCUAUUUUAACCACACGUUCCCGGGUGAGCGGCACACCCGGAGCGCCUCCAUCAGGAGCAGCACCGGCGCCAGCUCCGGCAUCGGCGCCAGCUCCACCAUCGGCGCCAGCUCCAGCACCGGCGCCAGCAACGCCGGCAGCGGGAGGAACGCCGGUGGCCAACGAUGCUGCAUCCGGCGACGUGAUGUUUCCCGGAGAGAGAGAGAGAGUGGGGAGAUGGGCUCGGCGGCGUUCUCUUUGAGGAAGAUCAAGGGGGCGCAAGGACCGAACGGGACCGUUGGGAUAACCUACGCGACCAGGAUCCUGAAGGUUCCCGACAAGGCGACGUUGGCGGCGCGGGUCAAAAACGUCGCCAAGUACGAAGCCGCGCUUGCGGAGCAGGACACGUUCAAGGGAGGAGGGAAGCGCAAGAAGAAAGCCAGGAACCGCUUGACGCUGAACGUCGGACGUAUCAGGACGCACACGGCGGCCGAGCUUGAGGCCGUGGACUGGAUCAACGAGCUGCGUUCUGACGGCAUAUCCGUCCGUGUUUCGACGAAAAAGAUGAUCAAGAACAAGGCCGUCGAACUCAAUCCCAACUUCUUCGGGGAGAGGCCGGCGCCACCCGAUCUUCAGGGCUCCCUCAAGUACAACAACAGGCAGAACCUGUGGUGCAGAAGGUUUCUCAUGGUCUACCGCUUCUCUGUGCGAGCUGUCACCCGGCAAGGCCAGAAACUUCCUUCUGGCUGGCCUUUGGUCGCCAUGCAGGCGAUCAAGGAGUGGAGGAGGCUGGAGUACGACGUGCCUUCCGCGCUCGAACUUGCGGACGGAGUCGAGUGCCUGGGGGUUGUGGCAGGGGCGGGAGGCAGCGCGAGCGGGAGCGGGGGUGGGAGUGGCGCUGGUGUUCUUUCGGGGCCGCGUCUCAAGUUCGCCUUGGCGCAGAUCGGCAACAUGGACGAAACCCCUACGUGGUUCGAGAGCCUGGGGAAGGACACUGUGAACGCCACGGGCGAGAAGGAGAUUGCCGUCAAAGCCGGCGGCAAGGAGAAGAUGCGCAUCACUUCGGUCCAAACGGUGUUCGCCGAACGCAGCAAGCUGCCGCCCCUCCUCAUCUUCAAGGGCCAGCCCACUCCGAAGGGAAAGUCCCCCGCCGCCGACAGCAUCGAGCGCGACUUCAGGAACUACAAGGACCGGAAGGGCUGCGCGUACCCGCGAGGUAUGGCCUACGUCGUGGACCCCAAGGGAUGGCACUCCCAGCGGGUGUUCGACGACGUGUGGGUGCCGCAGGUGUGGAACCGGCGCCCGGGGCGGCAGGGCCGCCUGGGCGGCUACCGUCAGCCCGGCACGCUUCUGGCGUGGGACGACUACAUUGUCCACAAGACAGACGCGUCGACCAAGGCGAUGGAGGAGUCCAACACGACGCUGUUCCCCAUCCCGGGAGGCCUGACUCCAAAGCUCCAGCCGUGCGAUGGCCUGGCGAUGGAGGAGUCCAACACGACGCUGUUCCCCAUCCCGGGAGGCCUGACUCCAAAGCUCCAGCCGUGCGAUGGCCUGGUCAACAAGAUCUUCAAGGCAAACAUGUCCAGGCUGUACGACGACCACAUGGCUUCCAAGGACGUCACGCGCGACGACCGCGGCUACCCGAAGCCCCCUUCGCGGGGUUUGGUCGCACAGUGGGUCAAGAAGGCGAGGGAUGCCUUGACCGCGGAUGAAAUCCGCUCGAGCUGGAGGAAGGCUGGCCUGCUGCUGCCCUUCGACGGGUCGGAAGACGAGGCCUGGGCCAACAAGGAGCUCGGCGUCAACGCCAAGGGGGAGCCCAUCGGCGCGCCAUCGGACGCUGCGGACAAGGCUGACUCGUCGUCCGGAGGCGAGAACUUGCUGGAGGUGUUGGACAUCGACGAUGACGACGACACGGGCGGUGUGGUGGUGGACGUGAGCGACGACGAGGGCGAGGAGCUGUGA